GCCACGCACAGCAAUCGGGUCGUGGACUUCGACAAGAUGCAGGUCGAGAUGGCCAGCAAGUGGAUCGUCGUUGGCCGCUUCAUCACCACGGGCACCUUCAGCUCCUCCCGCCUGUUCCAGCGCAUGCGAGAGAUCUGGCACCUGCGAGGCGGCAUGGAGUACAAGGAGUUGGCAGGUAGCCGGUUCCUGAUUGAGUUUGAGCAAGAGGGUGACUUCCUCCACGUGCUCACGGGAGGUCCAUGGACGUAUCUGGGUGAUGCGCUCCUGGUUGUUGCCUACGAUGGUGUCUCCUCAGUCGCCGACAUUGACAUCCAUAUCCUACCAAUCUGGGUGAGGAUCUUUGACCUCCCGGUGCCGAUGCUGAACGCAACUGCUGGGAGAGAGGUGGGUGAACUGCUGGGACCUGUGAGAAUGGUGCACACUGACAACCGCGGCAAGGCAUGGGAUAACUUCCUCCGCGUCCGAAUCGAGCAUGACAUCUACAGGCCCAUUGAGAGUGUUGUCCGCAUCCAGGACAAGAUGGGCAGAAACUUUAAGAGGUAUGAUGUUAAAUAUGAGAGAAUUCCUCGUUUUUGCUUCUACUGCGGUAUAGUGGGACAUUGCUACAGCUCAUGCCUGAUACCGGAGGAAGAUAAGAAAGUACGUUUCUGCGAAGACCAGAUUGCGUCGCCGUACAAGAAGUUUGACCAUCGUAGCUUCUACCUGCCGGGCGAACAGUCGAGGGCGAAGAAGCAGCUGUAUCUGCCAAGCCGGGACAUGCUGGGCAGGUGGAAAGGUGAUGGCCGGAGUGCUGCACCAGAGGAGGGGAAAGAUGGCGGCCUGAGGACGCAGAACACUGCUCACGCUGUACCGACGGCCUCCCCGGUGUCAGCAGACCGCAAUGUGACUGACCCGGUGGUCGCAGACGCCCUCAACGGGGUGUCCGAUGCUGUUGGUAAACUGACUGUUACAGGGCAUACUCUGGACUCACAGGGGGAGAAGGAGGCUGUGCCGAAGGAAACAACCCCUGCGGCGAAGCCGAAGGGCAAGACUUCAAGCCGGCGCAGGACGAAGACGGAUGGGCAGAAGGGCACUCACAUCAAGGCAGCGAGGACAGAACAAAACGUGGAAAAGAUUGGCAGGUUGGAAGGCAGUGAGUCGAAGAUGCAGAAUGAGAGGGUAGCGAGGCAGAAGGCGCUGCAGGUGCUAAAGGACAAGAUCCAGCUCCUUGGCAAGCGGAGGCUGGAGGAAUACAUGGAAGGGAAGGAGGUAGAAGAUGAAGCACAGAAGAAAAUCAAACAUGCCCCUGCGGUGCUUGCUGCUGGCCAAGGGGAAGGGAAUGAAGGAAUUAGACAGACGGAGGCGACCAGCCACGGGGCCACUGGCGAACUGACGGGCGCGAAGGAGAGCGCCCGUCAGGAGCAAUGAAACUCCUCUGCUGGAACUGUCGGGGCCUGGGGCAGCCCCGAACAGUUCAAGAGGUGGUGCGUCUUGUGCAGCACCACAAGCCCAAGUUGCUCUUUGUGUCUGAAACCCGCAAUCGGCAGCAGUACGUGGAAAACCUCAAGUGGAGGUUCGGCCUAAGGAACGUGAUCACGGUAACCGAAGAUGGAAGGGGAGGAGGUCUGGCUCUGUUCUGGGAUGAAGAUGUCCAAGUUGAUCUCCUUUUACUUAAUAAUCGUUUUAUUGAUGUAAUAAUAAAUGAGCCGAUGGGAAUAAAAUGGAGAUGCACUUUCGUGUAUGAGGAACCCCGCACACACCUGCGGUCUUGUAUGUGGGAAUUGUUGAGAAGGAUCCAGCCCCUUCGGAGUGAGCCUUGGAUGGUGGUCGGAGAUUUUAACGAAACCAUGUGGCAGUCUGAGAAUUGUUCCCGUAGGCGCAGAAGUGAAAUGCAAAUGAGAGACUUCUGAGAAGUGCUGUCUCAGUGUGAUCUACAUGACCUGGGUUACUCUGGAGCAAAGUGGACUUAUGACAACAAGCAGAAGGGGGCGAAUAAUGUGCGAAUCAGGUUGGACAGAGUGGUUGCAACUCCGGCAUGGUCACACAUCUUCCCGGACUGCAGUGUACAACACCUGGUCUCCCCCAGAUCCUAUCACAGCCCGCUGCUGAUCGAUCUGUUGGCCAAUAAACCUGAGAAUCGGCGACCGGCUGCUAUGCGUUAUGAAGCUUAUUGGGAACGAGAGGAGAAACUGUCAGAGGAAGUGGAGGUCGCCUGGACGAAGCACCGCGUGGCAGGUGACCUGGGCAGUGUUGCUAACACGCUCGAUGGAGUCAUGUUGCACCUACAUAAGUGGAGUGGUGUGACUAUAGGAUCACUCGGGAAAAGCAUCAAGGAAAAGAGAAAGCAGAUGGAGUCUCUGGCUAGGCGUACUGACGCCGCUGGACAGAAAACAUAUAGGAAAGUCUCAGCGGAAUUAGACGAGCUGCUGGAAAAGGACGAUGUAAAAUGGCACCAGAGAUCGAGACUUGAGUGGAUUAAAUCAGGUGAUCGUAAUACAUCCUUUUUUCAUAAAAAAUCCUCUUGGCGAGCUAAGAAGAACCAUAUCUCGUGCAUCCGCCGAGAAGACGGAACUGUUUCUGAAGAUCUGGACGAAAUUGAGUCAUCGGCUACCAACUACUUCCGGUCCUUGUUCAGUGAAGAUAACAGUGUCAUCCCAGACGAGCUUAUCGAACUGAUUGAUCCGAAGGUGGAUUAGGCUACAAAUCAAGAUCUAUGCAGGGAAUUCAGUGCAGAUGAGAUUGGGGAUGCACUUUUCCAGAUUGGGCCACUGAAAGCGCCGGGGCCUGAUGGCUUUCCAGCCCGGUUCUUCCAACGCCACUGGGUUACGAUGAAGGAGGACAUUGUGGUUGCGGUCCAGAAAUUCUUUGCUACGGGGGAAAUGCUUGACGGAGUAAACGAUACGACCAUUGUUCUAAUUCCAAAGACUAAAAACCCACUCAGCCUCAAGGACUUCCGGCCUAUUAGCCUUUGUAAUGUAAUCUACAAAGUGGUGGCGAAGUGUCUUGUCAACUGUCUGAGGCCCAUUCUCAAGGAAAUCAUUUCGGAAACACAAAGUGCCUUCGUCCCAGGGAGACUGAUUACUGAUAAUGCUGUCAUCACCUUUGAGUGCAUACAUGCGCUGAAGCAGAAUUUGGUUAGUGGUGACUACUGUGCCUAUAAGCUGGAUUUGGCCAAGGCUUACGAUCGGGUGGAUUGGAAAUUUUUGGAGGCAGCACUCAGGAAAGUGGGCUUCCAUGAGAAGUGGAUCAAGUGGAUCAUGUCUUGCGUUACAUCGGUCCGGUAUGCUGUCAGGUUGAAUGGGCACUUGCUCGAGCGCUUCAAGCCUUCGAGGGGACUUCGUCAAGGUGACCCCUCUCGCCAUUCCUUUUUCUAUUCGUUGCUGAUGGUUUGUCCUCCUUGAUUUCGAAAGAAAUUAUGUCAGAUUCCUGGAAAGAACUAAAAAUAUCUCGGAACGGCCCCGGAGUGUCACAUCUCUUUGCCGAUGAUAGCCUGCUUUUCUUCAAAGCUACAAGCAAUCAAGCCCAUUUAGUGAAACAAGUUCUGAAUAAAUAUGAGAUGUGUAACGGUCAACUCCUUAGCCCAAGCAAAUGCUCUCUCCUGCUUGGGAAGAACUGUGAUGCUCAUACUGGAGAUACUAUCGCGGCCAUUUUGAAUGUGACCACGACAACAUUCGAUGAAAAGUACCUGGGACUGCCUGUUUCUGAUGGCUGAAUGAAGAAUGGUAAUUUCCAGUCAAUUAAAGAGAGUGAGCAAGAGACUCGAUGAUUGGUCUGAGAAAUAUCUGUCGUCCGGAGGUAAAGAGGUGCUGAUAAAAUCGGUGGUUCAGGCACUGCCAUCGUAUGCUACGAGCGUCUUUAAAUUCUCUAAAGGACUUUGCGAAGAGCUGGAACACAUGACAAGGGAUUUCUGGUGGGGCGACGAACAUGAUAGGAAGAAAAUCCACUGGUUGUCAUGGGAGAAACUGACGAGGCCUGAAGGGCAAGGAGGCAUGGGCUUUCGUAACUUGGUACUCUUUAAUCAGGCUCUCCUAGCGAGGCAGGCUUGGCGCCUGUUAGCUAAUCCGACCAGCCUCUAUGCUCGGCUAAUUAAGGCCAGAUAUUAUCCUCACGGAAACAUUCUGGAUACGGCAUUCAUCCAGUCGACGUCGCCGGUCUGGCAAGGGAUUACACACGGAUUAGAGUUGCUUAAGAAGGGAUAUGUGUGGCGUAUCGGUAAUGGCCGGGCGGUGGAUAUUUGGAGAGACAAUUGGCUUCCGAGAGGGAAUCUACGAGUGUCAGGCAAAGCAUCUUGCGGCGGGUGGCUGACUUGCUUCUGCCCAAUGAACAGUGCUAGAAUGAUCAGCUCAGUCGACAGAUUUUCUACCCUCACGACGCUGAUACCAUCCUGGACAUUAAACUGCCCACGACUCAGCAGGAGGAUCUGAGUUCCCUGAGAAAACCGGCGUGUUCUCUGUCCGAUCGGCCUACAGGAUUGCCCUUGCCGAGGUUUCUGAUUCAGGGAUGGGCAGCUCGAGCUGUGAUCCAAACGGGGACCGCAAGCUAUGGAAUAUCAUCUGGGAAGUUAAUGUGCCGACAAAAAUUAGGGUCUUCGCGUGGAGAUUGGCAACAAAUUCAUUAGCGGUGCAGGAGGAGCGCAGUCGCCGUAUCAAGAAGACCAUGCCUGUCUGCACUGUCUGCGGUUGCGGGAGCGAAUCUGCUUACCAUGCUGUAAUGGUCUGUCCAAAAGCGCUGGGGCUGGGCCAACGUAUGAGGCAGGAUGGGAAUCUCCCGGAUGAGGCAAAGCUAAGAUACAGUGGGCGCGACUGGGUAUUGGUCCUUCUGGAUUCGGUCAAUAAGCUUACUCGACAGCACCUUUUGUUCCUGUGGUGGAGAGCUUGGCAUCUCAGGAAUGAUUCUGUCUUCUCGACGGGCAAGUGCACUAUUGAAGCGUCGGUAGUCUUCAUCAGGAACUAUUCCUUGGCCAUGGAGAAUGGGAAGGAAGAGGACGCCACGAGGCUGCACUGCCUUAGGGAAAUGGGGGAGUGCACUGUCGACACUACUUCUGUUCCUUCAGAGAACAACAAUUCUGGGAGUGCUCUUGGGAGGUCUCGGCAAGGGGAUGAUAAUGACCAGCUCUGGAAACUCCCUGCACAAGGUUGGCUGAAGCUGAACACGGAUGCAAGCUUCCUAGAAGCAACCGGCGAGGCAUGGUGGGGAGCUGCCCUGAGGUCGGAGGAGGGUCGAAUUGUUACUGCUACCUGGGGACAUUGCCCGACCUGUGCUUCGGUAGAAGAGGCGGAAGUCACUGCCUGCGUGGAAAGCCUCCAUAUCCUUGCUUUAGAUUCUGGCACAAAAAUCCAUUUGGAAGUUGACUGUCAGGUGAUUAUCGCCAGGCUGGAGAGGGCUACCAAGGACCGAUCCUACCUGUGCUUCCAGUAUCGCGAACUGCAUCAGGUGAUGUCAAACUUUGCAGAGUCAAAUUGGAGCUGGACGAGCCGAACUGGUAACGGCCUGGCGCACAGCUUGGCGAAAUUCGCUAGGGAGUCUAAAACUGAUGGGGGUGCUUAAUGGGGCACUGCCUUUUGGUGUUCAGGGAAAUAUGUCGAACCCAUGUAACUUUGAUACUUUCACAGCUAAUUGAAUGCCUUUCCCUUCAAAAAAACAAUAACAACUUGUGCAGAUAGAUUACAACAUCCAGAGUUUACACUUGAAGUCGUUUAAUAAAAGCAUGAAAAAUUUGCGUUGUUUGACAUACUAUCACACCAUGCGAAAAAAAAGGAUUUUAACUCCCGGUACCUCUUUUUUUUUCUUUACUUUUUUUUAGGGGGAUUUUUACUUUUUUUUUGAGCAAAAGGGGGAUUUUUUACUUGAAGUUGAGAGGUAACUCCCGGUACCCGAAAAUCCCAGAAUAGCCUGAAAAUCUAGCAGCCCAAUAGAAAAAUUCCCAGCCCAACCCAACAAACUAAACCAGCCCACAUCCCUCCGGCCCACAGACUCACGCGCCUCGGUUUAAACCCUUCCAAGCCUUCCUUGUCCCCGCCGCUCCCAAUUCCCGAGUAGUCGCCGUGCCGUCGGCACGACCAGCUGCCGCUCACCUCAACUCCUCCCGCUCCGGCUCGCUCCGCAAAGCAGAUCACUUCCGCGCGGUGAGUUUCUCUGGCCGCGUUGAACUCGGUAGGUUGUGCAUGUCGUUUUGCUCCCACAGUUGAUUUUUGCUUGCUUUCUCGGGGUGGAUGUGACGAAGCAAAGGCAGCAGAGGCGGGCGUUUUCCCUCUGAUCUGGUCCAUGGCGUAGUAUGCUCACUCGCAUCUGGUGAGUUUUGUUUGCUCGUACUCUCACCGGUGACGAUUUUUGCGGCGGAUGGGGGUGUUUGGUUCGGCCUUUGCAUGCUCGUCCUUGUGUCAUACUCCGUAGCACGAACUAGAACAACAUCUAGGCGGCAGGUGUUGUUUUGUAACGGGUAUCCAUGGGUUACCAUUUGGUUUCUGAUCCCCCCGCUGAUGAUUGGUUCGCUUCAUUUUUGUGGCGUUAUGUGAUUCAGAUUCAGAUAGUUGCUGGUUGCACAUAUGGCAGUGUAUUUCUGUUUAUCAGAUUUGAAUUGACUGCUGCACAUAUUGUUUGGGUAUCGAGAUUUUUUACAUUUUUUGUAGAAUUGUAUUGGCUAUUUUUUUGCCUGCUGUCCACUGAAAAGUGAAUACUAAGGGCCAUACCUGUUUAGUUUAGUUCAAAUGCUAGAGAGUGUGUGAGCUAUGGAGAUAGUUUUCUUCUCCAUAGCUCAGACACCAUAUGAGUUUUGGAAGUUGACUGAGAGUACAACCUGCCAUAGAAUGCUUUAAACUCUGCAUAUAUGUGUGUUCAAUCAAUUUUAGUUUUUGCUGGUUCAAGAAAGUGCGCCCUUUUUCUUGUCUAUACUAAUGGCUUUUUACUAGUUCUGAACAUUUGCAUCGGAAAUCCACUUUAACAUCAAUAUAGUUAAUGCCUAUAAGGGGAGCAGCUUUAGCACUAAUUUUGUUUCUUGUCUAUACUGAGAGUGGGGUGUAUUGUUACCUGAUCUGGAAGGUGGGGAUUGCCUCCAAUCUUGCUUUCACGUGCAUAUCUAGACAUCUGUAAGCUCAUAGGAUCGCUGAAAUUUGCAUGUAAAUCAGAUUUGUAAGCAUAUUUGUUGCAGCCACAGAGAUAAGAACCAGUAAGAACAAGGGAGGAAGCAAAACACACCCUUGCGCCUGCUUAAUGAGGAAUUGAAAUAAGCGUUGAAACAAACUAGCAGGGGCAGAUAUUGUUUUCAAAGGAGAAGGCAUCUACAAUUUGUUUGAAGUUGGAGCAGCUUAGGCAGAGGGGAGAAGUACAUACCUAAACGAUCGAAGGUGAUGGACCCGUCGCCGACUCGUCACCGUGGUGCCUUCCUGAUGACCGAAUCCUCCCGCCAGGACCACGACGGAGGGAGCGCUCGCCAGCUCGCUCGUCCCGCGCCGCCGACCUGUCGUCGUAGGUUCAAGGUUGGACGUGUGCGCUUCCGACAGAUCGGUUCCUCCCGCAAGGACCAUGGCAGAGGCAGCGUUCGCCAGACGCCACCUGACUUCGCAGCGUCCGCAACAAACGCGACUACGCUCCGCCCGCUCAGUGGUCUGGCGUUGCCGACAGCCACUCCUCCGCUCGGUGCUCUCGCGCCGCCGACUGUCUUGUCUGACCCGGCAGUGGACCUGCCUACUUGUAUCUUGUUGGGCACUCAAUCUGAGGACAAAGCAACUUCUCUAGCCACUGAAUUGAUCUUUACAGAGUUCAACUUUGCUGAUUUGGAGUCAGAUAUUGACAAGACCGACAGCGAUGAUGAGGACGAAUACUCUAUUAAAGCAUGAUUUUGCAAUGGUGCCUGAGUACAUUUCUGCAACCAAGAUGGUCUUCCUUGGGCCGCAGGACCAUGCUGCUCGCAUUUGGUACUUGAAGGAAGGCACAUCCUCCUGAAAGGACAUGCAGAUAUAAAUUGUGAUAUCAAAGAAUUCGUUUUACAGUACAACAUGUUAAAGUCACUCUGGUUUAACAGGAUGUGAUUCAGGAGACAAUCUGCUCUUUUGAAAUUUGUUCUUAUGGUUCGGGUUCCAUGUUUCUAGGUUUAGCUGGAAAAGUCUGAACAAUCUUUUGGUUCAGCUGCUGGAAAAUCUCAGUAUGCAUAUUUUGACCAGCACGUGGCAGGUUACCCGGUGACUUGUUAGUCUGAAAGGAGUUUUGGUCCAGUUCAAAUAGGUGUCGAUUAGCGUUUGCCCUUUGAUUGGUCAAUCGAGUCGUAUUGGCCACGCAAAAUAUACACAUGCAACUGGCUAAUAGGAGUCGAUUAGCUUAAUUUGUAUCAGAUCAAGUAUUUGUCUUACGAGAAAUAUAGAAAAUGUCAUGCGAGGUGUCUCCCAAAA